AAACAGGAAUCACUAAAAAAAUCUAACAACCAUGUUGAGUGGUUGCAAGUUGCGUCUAUGGAAAGGCUACUGUACAACCAUGAUCAAUUAUAUAAACACAUUCCCCUCCACACAAAUGGAAUGCAGUAUCCCAACUUUCCCACACAGCAGCUUUUCUGCUUGACUUUCCUUCUCUGCAGCCAUGGCGCGUCUUUUUUCCCUUGUAUUUGUGAGCACUGUUCUGGCCUUGACGGUUGCUGCAACUGCCUUCGAUGGCAGCAAUUAUAUUGACAUGGUCACUGAUAAAUUUAGUGAACUGGGAAAUGAUGCGUUUAAGCUGCUGGGAACCUCCCCCAAAGCUUUACAGUUUGGAGAGUUUGCUCUCAGUUAUGGCAAGAAGUACAGUUCGAUCAGCGAGCUUGUCCAGCGAUACAAUGUUUUUGUGCAGAACGUGGAAUUAAUCGAGUCAAGAAACAGCAUGAAUCUUCCUUACACUUUGGGACUUAAUGAGUUUGCUGACUUGACAUGGGAGGAAUUUCGGGGACAAUAUCUGGGUGCAUCACAGAACUGUUCAGCUACUAAGAGUAAUCACAAGUUCAUGGAUGUUGAGCUUCCUAAAACGAAAGACUGGAGAGAAACGGGCAUAGUGAGCCCAGUGAAAAAUCAAGCCCACUGUGGAUCCUGCUGGACAUUCAGCACCACUGGAGCACUUGAGGCUGCCUAUAAACAGGCUACAGGAAAAUUUGUUAGCCUGUCUGAACAGCAAUUAGUUGACUGUGCUGGAGCAUUCAACAACUUUGGCUGCAAUGGUGGCUUGCCAUCCCAAGCAUUUGAGUAUAUUAAAUACAAUGGUGGACUAGACACUGAAGAGGCUUACCCUUACACAGCUAAAGAUGGUGUCUGUAAAUAUGAUGUAAACAGUGUUGGUGCAAAGGUUUCAGAUUCUGUCAACAUCACUUCGGGAGAUGAAGAAGAACUUAAACAGGCCGUGGCUCUAGUUCGCCCUGUUAGUGUGGCAUUCCAAGUUAUUCAAGAAUUCCGAUUUUACAAGGGAGGGGUCUUCACCAGCACCCACUGUGGUCAAGGCCCAAUGGACGUGAACCAUGCUGUUCUGGCUGUUGGGUAUGGCGUUACCGAAGAAGGAACCCCAUACUGGAUCAUCAAGAAUUCUUGGGGAGCAGAUUGGGGCGUUGAUGGAUACUUCAAUAUGGAGUUGGGAAAGAAUAUGUGUGGUGUCUCAACUUGUGCUUCUUAUCCCAUUGUCUAGGGUAGCUCGUACUGAAGCUCUGAAAAUAAGAUGUAUAUAAAACUGACAGGUUGCUUAAAUCUGUUACUUCUAUAGAAAGAAAUGCAACAUCAGUUGGUAUGCAUUUAAUAUAGUCUAGCUUGUUUUAAGCUUCUACAAGAAAAACUUGCGCUUAAUUGGAGAAUUAAGUUGGAUUGUUAAAUUCCAUUUACAUAAAUUAUAUUUGGAUAGCAAGACCUUUGUGAUUGUAAAUGACUAAAACUAAUGAUGGAAUUAUUCAAUUAUGCAAUGAAACUGUUGAAUUAUAGAUA